AAAAUCAUAGAAAAACAAACAUAGACUGCCCACCCCAACUCACGCCCUGACCAUACUAAAUAACGACAAAACAAAGGAAAUAAAGGUCAGAACAUGACAAAUGGUCUCAAGUAGUCUCUUAAAAAUAAAUAAGUAAAAGGGAGUGAACGAUUCAGGAGGAGUCCAUUACCCUCAUUGGCCAGACUUCUAAAAGUAAAGUAAAGUGUGGAAUUGCGUAUAGACUAUAAGGAUAGGCUAAAGAUGAUCCAAACGUCCAAACCCUUUAGUCUGUAGCUCCCAGGUGGCAAUAACUGGGAGUAAAUGGUGUGUGUGUGUACCACAACAUAACAUAACAAAGUCAUGGCUGCUUUACUCUGCAAUUACAGCACCUCUACGGAAGGCUAUCAUUCAGGUACCAAACUUUAGUAAACCCUGCUGGAGAGAGAGUUCACCGUUUUGACGUUUUAUCUUAUUUUCUGCUUUCAAAUGUGAACUAUCCCUGAUGGGAAUAUUUUUCAUUUGUGACUAACUGGUCUGCAUGAAGAUUGAUUAUGUUAAUAAUAACUUUUUUUAUGAGCAGUGUGGGAAGGCAGAGGCCCCAGUGGACUGUCUCCCCUAUUUCAAAUGAGUCAGGGAGCUAAGAGUCAAGUCUGCUAGGAAAAAGUGAGUCCAAAUCAUCUAUCUUGCUGUGACUGACCUAGAGGGACCAUACUGUAUGUAUGCAUUGACCUCCAGGAAUGUGGAAAUAGUGUUUGGUGUGGAGUGUACAGCAGUCAAGACACAUUGUGUAGAUCUAGACGACAUGGGUGUGCGAAUGAUUUAAUUAAAAAUAUAUAAUAUAUAUAUUUAACCUUUAUUUAACUAGGCAAGUUAAGAACACAUUCUUAUUUACAAUGACUGCCUAGGAACAGAAAGGAGCAUAAGAGCGAGAACAAGAAUGAUAAGGGAGUCAAGGAGCUUAGGGACUAUCAUUAUUUGGUUAACACAGACACGAGACAAAACGUAGAAUAAAGGAUUUCCUUAUAUCACAGAACAGAAAGAACCACACUGUCCUCUCCUAUCAGGUGUCCCAGAGUGUUUUCAAGGUAUUUACCCCCGGUAUUUACCCCCUUCUCUCUCCGUUCAACAGCUGCCCUCAGUGUCACCAGCACAGAAACUUAAUUACCACAAGGGACAUUCCCCAUUUAAGUCAAUGUUCUGUGUAGCCAUGAGUGUGAAAUUGCCGUGGACUGACGGGCUUUGUCCAUUCUAGUUUUCCUAUUUAUAUGGACUUCAGACAAGCACCAAGCACUGUAAAGCGAGCAUCAUUGUUCUCCUUUCCGAGGUUAACAACAGCAGGAGCAGGACGGAAGGGCAGAGGGAGCACCUUCUUCCUCCCUAAAGUACCCCCGGCUGCCAAGACCCCAGUCAGGACUGCUUGGCCUGCUGGGUGUGAGAAAAAACGAUGGAAGAGUUUUUUCUCAAAGUGCAGAGAGACUGGUUUUCUUGAGUACGGGCGAUUUCCUUUUAAGUGCCGUGGCAGUAGGAAAUCAUAUUGUUUGACAUUGCUUCCUCGACUGCCUAGGGGGGAGACAGGAUGGCGACCAAGACCCCUCAGACAGAAAUGCAAAGGGAGGCUGUUCCAGAGGUGUGGUGUGUGACGGGUGAUGGCCGACUGGAGUCUCCUAGGCAACUUCUUGGAAGAGGUGCAGGAGCACUCGACGUCUGUGGGCAAGGUGUGGCUCACCAUCCUCUUCAUCUUCCGUAUUCUGGUCUUGGGCACGGCCGCCGAGUCGUCGUGGGGCGACGAGCAGGAGGACUUCACCUGCGACACGGAGCAGCCCGGUUGCGAGAACGUUUGUUACGACACGGCCUUCCCCAUCGCUCACAUUCGCUACUGGGUGCUGCAGAUUGUCUUCGUGUCCACGCCGUCGCUCAUCUACAUGGGCCAUGCCAUGCACACGGUGCGCAUGGAGGAGAAACGCCGGCGCAAGGAGCAGGAGGACCAGGGGGGAGGUGACGGGGAGGAAGGAGGAGGGGAAGGCGGAGAGGAGAAGCAUUAUCUGGAGCACGGGGAAGAGAAGGGGGGAGAGUGCGGGAAGGAGGGCAGCGGCAUGGGCAGGGUGCGUCUGCGCGGGGCGCUGCUGCAGACUUACGUGUUGAGCAUCCUGAUCCGGACGCUAAUGGAGGUGGUCUUCAUCGUGGUGCAGUACAUCCUCUACGGGGUCUUCCUCAAUGCCCUGUACGUGUGCCACAGCCGGCCCUGUCCACACCCGGUUAACUGUUACGUCUCGCGGCCCACGGAGAAGAAUGUGUUCAUCGUGUUCAUGUUGGCCGUGUCGGGCGUGUCGCUGUUUCUCAGCGCCGUGGAGCUCUACCACCUGGCCUUUAAGCAGUGUCAGAGGUUUCUGAGGAGGAAACGACAACAGCAGCAACAACAGCAGCAACAGCUGCUACAAGGACGCACGCCUUCAAGUGCUACGGUCAUCACUGCUGAACCUGACAGCCCACCCCGUCCAUCCAUGCCCUGCACCCCACCCCCAGACUUCAGCCAGUGUGUUAGCUCUUCCCCUCACACACACCCCAUGCACUCCCAAUCCCACCCCCAUCCUAGCUGCCCCCCCUUCAACAACCGGCUGGCCCACCAGCAGAACUCAGUCAACAUGGCCACUGAGCGCCACCGUGUUGUCCACAAGGACCUUGAAACGGAAGACUUCCUGCACGUGACCUAUGAAGGGCACGCCGACACGCCCAACGCCUGCACCCCGCCCCCUUCGCUGCUCCAAAACGGCUUCCAAAAUGGUUUCCUGAAGGACAAGAGGCGUCUGAGCAAGACCAGCGGCUCCAGUAGCCGUGUGCGACCCGAUGACUUGGCUGUAUAGCUCCAAUUCCCAACACACACACUGUCCCUGGAUCGUUUCAAACACACACACCCAAGACUGGGAUGACUAUUACUCAUCUGUUGUCGGGGACUAAUUUGAACACUGCAUGGCAUAAGUCAUCGAAGUCACAAAGUAUCACAAGUCUUGAAACGGAAUACUCGAACUAAUCAAACAGCUGUAGAGGGGUUAGUGCCUUCAUAUUUAGCCCUCAGGACUAAUCCACUAAUGUGACUGUCUGAGACCUCGGUCUGACUACGUCCUAAAUGGCUCCCUAUUGCCUGUGUAGUGCACUACUUUAAACCAGGGCACAUAUAGCUUUGGUCAAAAGUAGUGCACUAUAUAGGGGAAUAAGGUGCCAUUUGAGACAGAGACAUUGACUCUGACUGCUGUCGCGGAGUCUCUCCCUGAGAGACAGGGGGGCCUUGUGCCAGACCUGAGAAUGAGUGGGUCACUGCCACACUAUCAGCUUUGUGACACUGACUGGCUGCUGGGGACAGCUAAGUGGGACAGAUGACAGCCAGUCUGUCACUCAGAGAGAGAGAGAUAUGUGAAGGACGGCUGCCUGUCAAUGACCCACAAACGUACGCUUAGACGAACGCUCUGCGUGUGUAAGCUUGCUCUCUCUCAUGCAUGCACACGAACACAUACACACACACACUUUACAUUUACAGAGGCACGCAGACACUUUCGUUGGCAUACAACACAAACAAGCAGACACACCAUGUGAAUCCUGAUGUUGUCAUCAAUUCCAACCAGAGAUCCAGUAGGACCUACAGGGACGACCCAUGGGAUUAAAAUAUAUGUUCUUGUGUACUUUGUAUGGUUAAAGAGAGACAGACAAAACUACAACCUAUUUUGAUAAGGGCUUUAUUUAUGUGGAGCCAUCCUCGGUUAAAGCAGACAUCCCAAGCUUCCCAGGGUGUGGGGAGGACAUAGUUCAUAGUGCAUAGUUCAGAUACCCUGACUGACCUGGUUCCCCGUUUCCCAAAACCAUCUUAAGGCUAAAUUCAUUGUUAGAACCUUCGUUGGAGCAUCAUUAUAUCUCAGAGCUGUUUCCCGAAACCAUCGUUAUCAACUUUGCAAUUGAGAAACGCUCAUAAUCUAACAACGGCCUCGGACAACUCCUAGAACAGCGAAGCGCGUCGGAUGCUUUUUUCGCCCUCCCUCGUCACUUUAUAGACAUAAAUCUCUGCUAAACAUUGAAUCACAUGGUGUCUAUGUCUCUGUGACGCCGAUAACUUCAGAACAAAGUCGACUCCAAAUACAAAGGUGCCAAUGUGUUUGCAAUUGAUGCAAAUAUGCUUCAAAUGAAAACCCGAGAUGACUGCAUUAAAAUAUAAACAGUAGGCUGUAGGCCUAUUUCAAUAAUAUUGAAAUACAUUUCAUGUUCAAUCAAUUGAGUUCUAUUUUGUUCAGGGGCACAACUUUGGUUUUAGAAGUGGGGGGGACAUAAAUAUAUAUAUAUGUUUAUCCAGUCAGAUAAACACUCCAAAAAUGCAACUUCAGAAUGUGGGGAUGUCCCCCCCGUCCACAGUGAAAGUUGCACCCCUGAUUUUGCUACUGUCAGUAUUUGUCUCAACAUAUUCCCUGAUGUGUGCGCAAUGAUGUGCCAAAUCUGUGAUUUGGUGAAUUUUCAUUGGGUAAGCAUUAUUCAUAAAAACUGCCUCAAUGGGAGCUGAUCCGUUGUCAGUAUUGUGAAAUAAUUAUAAUGUUAAGGAAAUAUUUGAAUGGAGAAAGCUGAUCCGAGACCAGCGCUCUUUUUCUUUAGAGCCUAUCAGUAUCAAUGCUCCAACGACGCACUUUGCGACAGUUCUCUCUGCGUGGUGUUUUGGCAGACGCAUGUUACAUCUUCCUUCGGUCGUUGUAGGAAAGAUGCAUCAUUAAAACACUCAUAAGCCUAAAUUCCAUCGCUAUCAGAAAACCGGGCAGAGACCUUGACCGCGAAUCUUGCCAAACGAGUGCAUGUCUAUUGUCAAGGAAAGACCGUUUUAGUAAGCCAGAAAGGAAUUCUCUUCAUUUUUGGAAAGGCAUUCCCUUUCAGAAUUAGCAAACAGAAGGGCUGAUUUAUAUAUGUAUAAACCUUUUUUAUCUGGCAAAGUAUGUGGUCAGAAACUGAAAUAGUUUUGCACUGGUUUACAGAAUCUGGGUAUAGUCUUUUAAAAAAAUCUCAGAUUUGCGUUUUCAAAUGUUUAACUAAAUCUAAAUACGAAUUAACAAAAAAAUGUUGUCUAGCUAAUUUAACACAUCUUUGUUUAAUGUGAAUUAUAUUGUAUUUGGGGUGGUGUCAUUGCAAUCACAUUUUUGUCAACUUUGCACUUUAGCAAAAGGCAAUGUGAAAAUCUAUGUAUCUUUAGUGUUACAAAUGUUUUCAUGUUAAUUUUGUGUAUAGAAGUAUAUAUUGUCUGCCGUUAAAAACACAUUUACCCGUGACACAUGAUAGGAAUUUGCAAGCUGUCUUAUCUGCUCAUGUUUCAAGUAGAGCGAUUCUAUUUUGUACACUGAUGACAACGUUCAGUGUACUGUAUAUUGACUGUGUACGGUAAAGACCACUGAUUCUCUUCGCAUUAAGACAAAAUGUCAAACGAGCACAAACCCAAUAUAUACAUCCCAUAUGUACCAUG